AUGAAAGGCAAGAUACUGAUAGAGCUAAUGGAGUGGAAAAAUCGGUCUCAUGUUCUAUCUAUGGAAGAAGAGUGGUUGGCUUUGUUCCAUGUAAAAAAAGUUUACGUAUGUGCAGGGAAUGAUAAAAUUACAUUGUCAGCACCUAAUAUUAGCUCUCCAAAACUAAGACAUAAAAAUUCCGAUGAAGGCGAAGCUGGAGAAGGAGAAAGAAGUUUUUAUUAUCCUAAAGGGACGUAUGCUGAAUUAAGAAGUCGACUUCCUGGAAAAGAAAUGAUUCUCAAACGAUGUUGGCUUUCUCUGCUUUUGAAACGUGCUUCCAGAGAUGUUAAUCUCAUUACGAAGAUAUUUGUUCUAGUUGACUGA